AGUUAGUACGCUUCUGUAGAAAGUUAUAAUAGAGUUGUGAUAUUCAUGAACUUUAGACCUAAGAUUUUUGUACCAUUUUCGAGCUUUGAAGAAAUGAAAGAAAUUAAUUGCCAUUACAACGAUCAUUCAAAUAUUUCCAGUACACUUUUAAAAAAAAUCAGUGUAUGUUCUAUUUUCCUUUGAACCAAACAGCUUGUUAAAUUGUUUAAGGCAUCAUUGCAUGAACAAUUUAUUUAAAUAUCAAAAUAUUAUUAAAAAUAUCAAUCGAAGCGUGAGCUUAAUUGAUUCAGUCUUCAGGGGGAAGGAUUAACCAGACCGUAGCAUGGGGUUUUAAGACGGAUGAGAUUAAGAUCAUCUAGAAGACAAGUUACACCACUUCAAUCUGGCCACUUAAUAUUUGGACUUCCAGUAUAGUUGUAGUGUUUUGUAUUCAAUCUGAAAUUGCCGAUUUAUUAUAAUUAGGACUUGUUUUGUGCCACGGAUUUUUAAACACUGACAGCUAAAUUCAGAGGUCCGAAUUUCUUUUAGUUGCCGAGGUCAGAAGAAUACACAUGACGAAGAAGAGGCCAGGUAAAGGGCUUCAGGCUCUUGCCUCAGGAACCCUUGCACUAGCCAGAUGUCAUACGGUGUUAGAUAAAACAGAACAAGAAUUAGAACAUGCCAUUGAAAGAGAAAAUAGGGCUCCGAAAACAACGAUUGAAAGAGUACAAAUGAAAGGAGAAAAGUUAAUUCACACUAAACCUGUUUUGUUGUGUGUUGUUCUGUUGAAUAUUAUCGACUGUAUCCUGGUUCUCGGAGAGCUAGUACUUGACAUGUACUACAUCAAGGCUCUGAUGGAGUCACAUGACGAUUUAACUCACACGUUCAUCACAGAAAUGAAAGUUCUGUACCCUAAUGUGCUAUAUAACAUAGGAAAAUCAGAUAUCGAACCUCUCUAUGACAAUAUUUUACAUGCUCAAAUAGACUGGGACAAUUUUACAUUGGCUCACGGCAGGUCGUUACAAGAUAAAUUAUCUGCUGAAAAUAUAACAUCUUUACAACAUACUAUUGUGAAGAGAGGGACAGAAUUACCUACACACAUUGAUGAGUUUAUUACAGACAGAAUAAAUCAUACACAUUUCCAUAAUAGUCGUCAUGUUGAAGAACAUCCUAUAGAGGAAGUCCUAGCACAUGCUUUCCACAAAGCCAGCAUUUCAAUCCUAUGUAUUUUAGCCGUAGAGAAUCUGUUUAAGAUAUUUUCUUAUGGAAAAGCAUUCUUCGAAAGGAAAUUAGAAAUGUUUGAUUGUAUGGUUGUGUUUUGCUCCUUGUUUGUUGAUGUUUACUUUUUGAAAGGAAUAAGUGCAUAUAAAAUCCAAGACUUCGUAAUCAUAUUGGCUUUCCUGAUGCCAUGGAGAGUAAUUCGAGUAGUCAACAGUCUAGUUGUAUCGGUUAUAGAACAUGAACACUUCAGAAUGAAACUUCUCUACAAACAAAAGAAAAAUAUCGCUAAUGACCUGAAGAAAGUUAAAUCUGAAGCUAAAGUCCUGCAGCAAUGUUUGGAUAUUGUACAGAAGAUGGCAAUAGACGGGGGAAUUCCACAAGAGAAAAUAUCUCAACAUUUAGCUUUUCUUCAACAGAAACAGAACAAAAAAAAUAAAUUUCCAAUGUCUCCGUUCAGGAAAUCGACGGAAGUACUGCCCUUAGAGAAUGGAACAUUUACUCCAACAGUAUAUAACUACGCGGACGAAGACAAUAAUACAAUAUCUAACGGCACAGACAACAAUGUGGUUUAGUCAACUACUGUCAUAGCGCGAGAAUUGCAUUCAAAUAAAGCUAGUUUUAUAAA